UUCCGGCUGGUUUCCCCCUUUCUCUCGCUCUUCUCCAUUGUGGUGAGUGUGAGUAGUCUCGUUUGUCGCCAUGUCCUCUCAUAAGACUUUCAGAAUCAAGCGGUUUUUGGCCAAGAAACAAAAACAAAAUCGUCCCAUUCCCCAGUGGAUUCGAAUGAAAACCGGUAAUAAAAUCAGGAACAACUUGAAGAGGAGACACUGGAGAAGAACCAGGCUGCGUCUAUAAGAAAUUGCACAUGAGACGGCGUGUACUUAUGCUGUAUUACGGUCACUGUCAUCAUCUUACCAUAUCAAGCUGAAAAUGUCAUCAGUUGGACAUUUGCCACACUUCAUUGGGAAAAUGAGUUUUCUCUUCAUUUAUGUGCUAUUCCCUAAUAAGUUGGUGCAGUAAUAAAUAUGUGAGACCUUGUGUUUGAAGUACUGAGUUGCCCCUCCCCCAGAAGACCUAACACAACACUGUUCUGUAGAACUUUCUGCAAUGAUAGAAAUGCCCCUAGCUACCAAGUUCUUGACAUGCUUAAUAUAGUUUCGCUUUUUCAGUUUAUUAUAAUUAAAUUUAAAGUUUUUUUUGUUUUGUUUUGUUUUUUGAGACAGAGUCUCUGUUGCCCAUUGACCCAGGCUAGAGUGAUGUGGUGUCAGCCGAGCUCACAACAACCUCAAAUUCCU